AUGGCUCGAACGACUCAUAUAAAUGAACUUCAGAAAGAACCAUCGGAGUUGGUUAUUGGAACAUAUGUUUUCUCUAAUUGUCAGUUGAUUAGAAAUGAAACAUAUGGCACUAUUUAUAAAGCAUACGAUGUUGAUCAACAAGAAUGUUUUGCCAUAAAAGUGAUCAAAUUGGACAGUCGCGAUGGAAUACCUUCACAUUGCCUGCGCGAAAUAUCAAUUUUGAAAGAAAUCAGCCAUCCAAAUAUUGUUAAAGUAUUGGACUUUAUUCCUAAUAAUGGAUUCAAAAGUAUAUAUAUGAUUUAUGAACACGCUGAUUACGAUCUAAAAACGCUUAUUGAUAAAUUACGACCUGGAUAUUUGCCUAUUCAAUACAUUAAGUCCUUUUUAUGCCAAAUAUUGCGAGCUCUUGCGCUUUGUCAUAUUAGCCGUGUGCUGCACAGAGAUUUAAAACCAGAGAGCAUUUUGGUUGCGAAUAAUGGUAAUGUGAAAAUUACUGAUUUUGGUCUUGCACGUUCAUUUAACAUACCAUCGAGAUGUUAUACUCAUGAGGUAGUGACUCUUUGGUAUCGUGCCCCAGAAAUUCUCCUUCAUGCAAAAUUCUACACGACAGCAGUGGAUAUUUGGAGUGUGGCUUGUAUAUUUGCUGAAUUAGUCAGAUCUAAACCCCUCUUCCAAGCAGAUAGUGAAAUUAGUCAAUUAUACACAAUUUUCAAGAUUAUGGGAACUCCAACUGAAAAAAUCUGGCCUGAUUUCACAAAGUGUAUUGAUUAUAAGGUGGAUUUUCCUCUGUGGGAGAAUUGUUUCUUGUCAGACUAUGUUUCAAGACUAGAUGAUGACGGUCUAGACUUGCUGGCGCAAAUGCUGUCGUAUGCACCAGAAGAACGCAUUAAUGCAAAAGCAGCAUUGAGUCACCCCUUUUUGAGAAAUUUACCGUCAAAUCUUGAACCAAUCACGACGUUAUUUGUUAAGGAUGAGUCUAAACGUGAAGAAAUUUUAGACUGA